AUGAACGAUAUGCAGAACACAGUUCAACACCAACAAGGAGUUCGAGUGAUGAAAAGGAAGGACAAACAGUUCUUUGAUUAUAAGAACUAUAUGGUCUGCCAACAAGCUAUUUGUAUUGCACUUUUGAAUAAAUCCUUCGAAGUGCAUAUCCAACAUCCAACCAAAAAGUCUGUUGUCACUCCACAAUUCAUCAGAGUCAAAACCUUAAAACAAGACCAAGAUGAAUUGAAUGUAGUCAAUUUCAUCGAAGAAAGAUGUCUACAAAGAGCCGAGUGGGAUAAAGCCAAUGGCAUUAAAGAUACCACUGCAUCAAGAAGAGUUCCAAUGAACAAAAACUUUGAGGCUCACCAUCUCUUCAUUGACUUUUUAAGAGACAUGGGAUAUUCAUUCGCAAGUCAAUACACAUCUGGGAAGAAUUCGACUUUGAAAGUCGAGACUAUCACGGCUAUUUACAAAGAUGGGAAACUCCUUUUAAACAAAAGAGACAUCUGUAGAAAAGGACAAAUGAUCAAUAGACUUUUAUGUCAGUCUGUCCUUCAGCAGAAAGACAGAGUAUUCGCACAUAACGAUGCUUCGAUCGCAAAUUUAUUUCGAAACUUCUAG